UUGACACUUGUUCUCUUCUCUAGCUUCCUCUCUCUCCUUGUACGUCCGUUCCCAAUAGCUAGCCCGGCAAGUGUACGUCUUCUACACCCAUCAAUGGCAGCCCCUUCAACUGCUCCGAUUCCCUCUCACAAUAAGGCUUGGGUCUACUCUGAAUAUGGAAGCGCUGUUGAUGUUUUGAAACUGGACUCAAAUGUGGCCGUCCCACAAGUCAAGGAAGACCAAGUGCUGAUCAAGGUUGUUGCUGCAUCCCUCAAUCCUGUUGAUUCUAAGAGGAUGCGUGGCUUCUUCAAGGCCACUGACUCUCCUUUACCAACUGUUCCGGGCUAUGAUGUUACUGGUGUGGUGGUGAAAGUGGGAAGCCAAGUGAAGAAUUUCAAGGAAGGAGAUGAAGUAUAUGGGGAUAUCAAUGAGAAGGCUUUAGACCACCCAAAAAGAUUUGGCUCUUUAGCCGAGUACACUGCUGUGGAAGAGAAGGUACUGGCUCUUAAACCCAAGAAUUUAAGUUUUGCUGAAGCUGCUAGCCUUCCCCUUGCUAUUGAGACUGCCUUCGAAGGCCUUGAGCGAACUGGAUUCUCUGCUGGUAAAUCCAUCCUUGUUUUGGGAGGUGCUGGUGGUGUUGGAACCCAAGUUAUUCAGCUAGCAAAGCAUGUUUUUGGUGCAUCCAAGGUAGCAGCUACUGCAAGCACUGCAAAACUGGAGCUGCUGAAGAGUUUGGGAGCCGAUUUGGCUAUUGAUUAUACCAAGGAGAACUUUGAAGAACUUCCAGAGAAAUUUGAUGUAGUAUAUGAUGCUGUUGGGCAGAGUGAUAGGGCAGUGAAGGCUGUGAAAGAAGGCGGGCAAGCUGUGACAAUAGUGCAUCCUGUAACUCCACCAGCAUCCAUAUUUGUGCUCACUUCUAAUGGCUCCAUCUUAGAGAAACUGAAACCCUACUUGGAGAGUGGGAAGGUGAAGCCGGUGAUCGACCCCAAAGGCCCAUUCCCAUUUUCUAAGACUGUUGAAGCAUUUUCCUAUCUUGACACUAACAGAGCUACUGGUAAAGUGGUCGUGUAUCCGAUCCCGUGAGGGCAAAAAAAUGGAUUUCAGAAAUAUAUGUAAAUAAUAUAUCCUUGUCUAUGGAUUAGGGCUUGUAAUAAAGGGGUUUGGCUUGUUUCCCAAGUUCCCAACUGUAGUUUCUGUUAUCCUGGUUGCUUGUUUUGUUUUGGAUUUUGUUAAGAGAAAAGGAACAAGAAGAAUGUAAAUCUCACAUAUGAUGUUUGUUUUGGCCUAAGUGCCUAACAAAGUGCAUUUUACUGAAACCAGACAUAAGUGGGAUGGAUUUACUAUUGUUGUAUGAACUAUGUGAAAUCUUAUUGUCUAACUCGUUUAAGAUUA